AUGCGCGCCCCUUCCCCGCUCGCCCUUCGGGCCUGGGGAUCACGACUGGCACCACGCAGAAACGCUCCAUUGUCCUUAAAUCUUCCUCGCCUGGCGUGCAGAACAGUGGCGAGCUACACACACCCUCACCAUGCCUCCGCCCUUUCAGUUCUCCCUACAGCAGUCGACACAUCCUCACCAGAGUACCAGGAAAACAAUCAACAGAUGCAAGAGCUCCUAGACCGUAUGAAUCAGCUUCAUACAAAAAUUGCACGAGGAGGGAAUGACAAAGCCCGCGAGAAACACAUUGCCCGCGGCAAAAUGCUGCCGCGAGACCGUAUCUCUGCCCUCGUUGACCCUGGCACGUCCUUCAUGGAGCUCUCGGCACUAGCAGGGCAUGGUGUCUACGACGGCGAGGAUGUUCCAGCCGGUGGAAUCAUCACUGGUAUUGGAACGGUCGAGGGAGUCAACUGCAUGAUUGUCGCAAACGACAGCACUGUCAAGGGCGGUACCUACUUCCCCAUUACCGUCAAGAAGCACCUUCGCGCGCAGGCAAUUGCCCAAGAAAAUCGUCUACCUUGUAUCUACUUGGUAGACUCGGGUGGUGCAAACCUACCCCAUCAGGCAGAUGUCUUCCCUGAUCGUGAUCAUUUCGGCCGCAUCUUCUUCAACCAAGCCCGCAUGAGUUCCCUGGGCAUCCCACAACUGUCUGUGGUCAUGGGCCCAUGCACAGCGGGUGGUGCAUACGUACCUGCAAUGAGCGAUGAGACCAUCAUCGUCGAGAACCAGGGCACCAUUUUCCUGGCCGGGCCACCUCUCGUCAAGGCCGCAACGGGUGAGGAGGUUUCAGCCGAGGACCUGGGCGGUGGCCAAUUACAUUCCAGCAUCUCCGGUGUUACAGAUUACUUGGCCGUUGAUGAUGCUCAUGCCCUUGUGCUUGCGCGCCGCUCCGUGGCAAACCUCAACUACCCCCCUACUACGACGCCGCUUCAGCUCGAGAAUGGAAAAGGUGAUUCGCUCGUCGUCAAAGAGCCACUAUAUGAUCCGAAUGAGCUGAACGGUAUUGUUGGCACGAAUCUACGUCGGCAAAUCCCUGUGCACGAGGUCAUUGCGCGCAUUGUCGAUGGGAGCGAGUUUGCCGAGUUCAAGCGUGACUAUGGCUCGACACUGGUGACGGGCUUUGCGCGCAUUCACGGCCACCGUGUUGGCAUUGUUGCUAACAAUGGAAUCCUAUUCUCUGAAUCCUCGCUGAAGGGAGCUCACUUCAUUGAGCUCUGUGCUCAGCGUCGUAUUCCUCUUGUCUUCUUGCAGAACAUCUCUGGGUUCAUGGUUGGUGCUGAUGCAGAGAAAGGCGGCAUUGCGAAGAAUGGCGCGAAGCUCGUCACAGCUGUUGCAUGUGCAGAUGUCCCCAAGUUUACUGUUGUAUUUGGGUCUAGUGCCGGUGCGGGUAAUUAUGGAAUGUGUGGACGUGCCUAUUCACCUCGCCUUCUUUUCAUGUGGCCCAAUGCUAAGAUUGGCGUUAUGGGUUCUGAGCAACUCUCUGCUGUCAUGGAGGCUGUUGGGCGAUCCGCUGAUCCAGCAUUGAAGGAACGCAUUGACCGUGAAUCAGAAGCCACUUUCUCCUCGGCUCGAUUGUGGGACGACGGUGUCAUUCCACCAUCGCAGACGAGGAAGAUGCUAGGUCUUGGUUUGACAGCUGCACUCAGCGGCAAGUCAGAGCCAGAUGUACAAACCAGAUUUGGUGUCUUCCGAAUGUAA